AUGUCAGCAGAAUUCGAAGUAAAACGCAAGCAGCGUUUGGCAAUGGAGCUGAGAGCUACUGAAGUCCAGAAGUCUCAGGAAUUCUUCGAGAGGUCCAAACAUCGCGGCCGUGGCGUUGCAUUUAACAUGGGUCUGCUGCAUAUCCAAGAUGAUUCGUCUCCAAGUUCAGAUAUUGCAAUGGAGGAUUAA